CUUGCUGCUGUUCACGUUGCGCAAGAGCUGGGAAGGCAAUAUGUCGACAUCAAUGCCUGAUCAAAGUGCUAACGAGGAAACACCUCUUAUGGGCUCUGCGCUCAUUGAGGCCGAUCGUCCUCAAAAGCGUACUCCUUUACCAAUGGGUCAGAUCGCAAUCUUGUUGCUCGUACAAAUGGCAGAGCCGAUAACAUCUCAGUCCAUAUUACCUUUCAUCAAUCAACUUAUCAGUGAGCUGGAUAUCACUGGCGGGGACGAACGAAAAAUUGGGUAUUAUGCAGGAUUUGUGGAAUCGUUAUUCUUUGCGGCUGAAGCUUUGAUGGUGCUUCAAUGGAGUCGGUUGUCAGAUCACAUCGGUCGCAAACCUGUCCUCAUUUCAGGGCUUCUGGGUCUCACAAUAUCCAUGCUGUGGUUCGGUCUAUCGAGGACGUUCUGGACCGUUGUCUUAAGUCGCGCGUUCGCCGGCGCCACAAACGGCAACAUCGCUGUCAUGAAAAGCAUGAUGGCAGAAGUGUCCGACGAAACCAACAUCGCCCAGGCUUUCUCACUAAUGCCAGUUGUUUGGGCUACAGGCACAACUAUAGGGCCGUUUAUGGGUGGUGUGUUUUCCCGUCCACAUGAUCGCUUCCCGGGUAUGUUCGGGAGCCAGUUCUGGGAACGGUACCCUUACUUCUUACCGUGUGCGAUUACUGCCGGCUACUGCAUGAUAUCAUUCGUCACGGCAGCAGUCUUCCUGAAGGAGACUUUGCACACGACCAUUUCGUUAAAGAGAUCGCGACGGUCCGAUCCAGAACAAACUAUUGUCGUGUAUGGAACAGCAGAGGGGGCUGCGGUCGAACGCGGAGAAACACAAACUCCUCUGCAAGUGAAAGCGUUGGCAGAGAAACCGGUGUCGCUGCAGGCCCUGCUCACCAAACCCGUGCUGAUCUCUGUAGCCAAUUACGGGUUUCUCGCUUUGCUGGAUAUUGCCUUGGGUGCGCUUGCUCCAUUGUUCUAUUCGACCCCGAUUGAAUUCGGGGGUUUGGGGCUUCCUCCGGCUACCAUCGGACUGUGCAUGGGUGCCUUCGGAGUGAUGAACGGCGUCUUCCAGGGUCUCUUCUUCUCUAGGAUCAUUGAGCGUUUAGGUCCCAAGCGCCUUUUCAUGACCGGCAUGGCAUCAUUUGUACCAAUUUUCGCUCUUUUUCCGGCUUCAAACCUUCUCGCCCGCCGGCUGGGUUUGUCACUUCCUGUCUGGCUCACGCUAGCGAUUCAACUAGCGACAAUGGUCGUAAUGGACAUGUCAUAUGGUUGCAUCUUCAUUUACAUCACCUCCGCUUCACCGAAUAAGCGCUCGCUUGGUGCGACAAAUGGGUUUGCGCAGACGGUAAUAUCGGUUGUGCGGACUAUUGGGCCGGCAAUGUCAACAUCUCUAUUUGCGCUCACGACGGAGAGACAUAUUCUCGGAGGAUAUGGUGUUUACAUUAUCCUCAUGACAAUUACCGCGGGAUCCUUGCUGGUGGCUGCUCAUCUCCCUCAUGGCGCCUGGAAGCACAACUAAAAAUAUGUGGAAGGGUUUUAUCAUGCCAGAAACCGUUACCACAAUAGAUCUUUUACCUUCUU